AGAAAAUUCAAUAAUUAUUUAUACGAAAUGGCUCCCUCAAGAAACGUCGCUGUCUCUGGUCGUGCUCAGCCUGGCUUCGUCAAGUCUACUAUCAAUGCCGUCUUCUCCGAGGAGAACCGCACCUUCGUCUGGGCUAUCGGCGUCUUUGCUGCUGCUGUCGGUUUCCUCCAGAGCCCCAUGGGUGCCUCCAUUUUGCCUGACGUGUAAGCUGAACUGAGAUGACGUUGAAUUGGACAAGUGAAAAGUUGGACAUGUCAGGAUAAAGAGUG